AUGUCACCACCUCCUCCUGGCAGCGAGGAGGAGGAGGAGGAGGCGGCAGCAGGCAGCCCCGGGGCGGAGCGCGGAGCCGAACGCCGGCCGGGUGAGGCAGGAGGGCCCCAGGCUCGCCGGGGGGCAGGUGCUGCCGGCGAAGUCCGGCCCCGCGCUCAUCCCUGCUGGCCUCGCCAGGAGGAGGACUCGCUGCAGCUGGAGGAGAAGAUCAAGUGGGGCGAGGGCUUCGCCGUGGUCUACUCGGUGACGGACCGCUGCAGCUUCGACGAGGUGCUGCGCCUCUGCUUCCUCGUGCGGCACCUGCACGGCGGCGCCCGGCGCGCCGGCGAGCGCCCGCCCGUCGUCCUCGUGGCCAACAAGAAGGACCUGCAGGGCGACCGCAUGGUGGCCACGGCCGAGGGCGAGAGCCUGGCCAAGGCCCUGGAGCUGCCCUUCCUGGAGAUCUCGGCACGAGACAGCUACGAAGAGGCGGCGGGCGUCUUUGGCGCGCUCUACCAGGAGCUGCGCCGGCAGGGCCGCCUCUCGCCAGGCUCCUGCAAGCGCCGCGCGGCGCCCUCCAAGCUCGUGGAGAAGGGUACUUUUUCCUCCUUCAAUAACUGCCGUUUGGCCGAUUUUGGAGAAAAGGCAAAAGUCUCCAAAAUAAGGUUUAUGGGAACGGCCCUGCGGGGAGACAGCGGCUCCGCGCGGGGAAACGCGUACGAGGAGCAGCUCUGUUCAUCGAUUGAGGUGCUGAACCUCACCCGGGAGUGUGUCCGGAGGCACCGGGACUUUGUGGCUCCGCUCAUUGUCAAAUACACGCAGGAGUGGGUGGCGUGGGGCUACCCCAUCUUCCGGCCCGUGUGGUGGCUCAGUCCCAGCGAUCCGGCCGCCUUCUCCGUGGAUGAUGAAUUCCUCAUCGGAGACGAGGUCCUGGUGGCCCCCAUAACCGAGCAAGGGCAAACGCAGAGGGACAUCUACCUGCCGGGGGACGGCUACCUCUGGACGGACACCAGCACGGCCCGCGUGUUUGACGGAGGCACCGUCCUCAGGAACUACUCCGCCAGCCUCGACGAGGUGCCCGUUUUUGUGGGAAAAACGCUCUACGUGCGAGUUCGAGAUCCACUGAAUCCGAGCAUGGGGACGGUGGUUGCUUUGCAGGAAAACUGUCCCCAGACUUUGUCCCUUGUCAACAAGGAGAUGUUUUGCUCCAGCUUCCAAGGAUUCCCGCCGGGAUGCCGUGGAAUCCGGUUAAAGGACGGCAGCCAGCUGGGCCACAGCAAUAUUCAUCCCCUGCAUGAAGUACCUGCUAUCACACGUGGUGAGAUCAGCCGCUGCGGCGAAGGGGCUUGCACCAUCGGUGCCAGCGUUGCGGCCUGCCCUCGAGGGCUGUGCUGCAGAGCGGUGCAAGAUGAGUUUCGAUUGCGUCCUCGUAAGAACACGUUUAAGAACGAUGAACGACCAAGUCGGAUCCAAGCCUCCCUUUCUCAAGGCACUGCUGAGCCGGCAGCUCGGCCUCGGACUCACCCCUCGGCCGUGGCCUCGUCCCGUAAUCCGGACGACCCGGGUGCCGUCACCAGCCCCGCUCCGCUCGCCACGCUCAGAUACAUGAAGAUAAUGGGAUGGAGCGAAAACGAAUGGUCUUUGUUCUGUUUCAAACGAAACGGCAAUGGUUUUCCGACCAGCCAACAAACUGGGAAAACAUCUGCUCCGGCAGCUGAGGCAGCACUCAGUCUAGCUGCAGGGGCCCGAGAGUCAUGGCAAAACAAGCUCUCCGUCUCGAUCCUAAUUCAUGUCAGCUUGCACAAUUGUUUGGAGAACACAAUGAGCAGCCCCAACAUCUGCUUCCGGCCAACUCCCUCCAGGUUACCGCGAGCCGAGAAAGCUGGCGGGGCACUAAGACAUGAAGGCAACUCCCUACAGGAUGAAACGCUUCGUAUCUCGAAAGUUGCGUUUUUAGACAGAAAAAUCGAACGGAAGUGUCAACUUCCGUCGCUUAUAACCCGCCGCAGCGGGAAGGGCAUCUUUGGGAAGGGAAAAGUGUAA